AUGGGGAAGAAAAUCAGAUUUUCUUUGUGGGACCAGAACAGGGGAGAGGCGGGUUUAACAGAGGACGAGGGAAUGGUAGAGGAGCAGGCAGAGGCAGAGGAGGAGGCAGAAACGCAGAAGGCAAAUUCCUCUGCUACAGGGAGAGACGGCAUGGAAAUGUUAAAAAUCAGUGUAGUACCAGUCAAAGGGGGAAUGCGAGCAGUAGGGCCCGGAGAAAAGGUGGAAGACCAGGUCUUCCUUCAAAAAUCCAUAAACACCCCCAACUACUACUGGUCACUAGACAUGCCACAACCUGACGUGACAAACACAGAGGAUGCAAAAGUUGGCAUCAAACCUGUAAUUGAAGAAAUGCUAAAAGCAGGGAUCCUGCGUGAGUGCCCUGACGCAUCAUGCAAUACCCCCAUCUUCCCAGUAAAAAAGGCUGAUGGGCAGUCAUGGAGAAUGAUUCAAGACUUAAGAGCAGUAAAUGAUGCUGUACAAAGCACAGCCCCAACAGUACCAGAUCCACACACGUUAAUGAACGGCCUUAAGCCAAAUAUGGCAUGGUUCUCAGUGAUAGACUUGAGCAAUGCCUUUUUCUCCAUUCCUGUAGAAAAAGACUCACAAGGAUGGUUUGGGUUCACACAUGAAGGAACAAAAUACACAUACACCAGAUUACCUCAGGGGUAUGUGGAUAGCCCAACAAUCUUUUCACAAGAAAUAGCAAAUUGUUUGGCUACAUUACAGAUACCUGACACAUCGCAGAUUUUGGUAUAUGUAGAUGAUAUUCUUGUUGCGUCACCCACACAGGAAGAAAGCACAAAAGUCACACUACAAGUAUUGACACAUUUGGCCAAAACAGGAAACAAGGUUUCAAGACAGAAACUUCAGUUUGUGAAAGAGGAAGUGAUCUUUUUAGGCCACAAUUUAAACCGAGAAGGGAGACGCAUACACUCAGAGAGGAAACAGACGGUGUUAAACGCACCAAAGCCAACAACAAAAAAACAAAUGAUGCAAUUCCUUGGGCUGACUAACUAUUGCAGAGCAUGGAUUCCAGACUACGCAGGAAUGACUCAGCCCCUACUAGAUUGCAUAUACUCAGACAAUGACAUGAAAAUGUCCGGCAAGAUAGAAUGGACACAAGAGGCAGAAGCUGCAUUUGAAAGGACUAAACAGUGUCUCGUAGGGUCAUCAGUGUUAGCAUUACCAGACUAUGAAAAACCAUUUGUACAAACAGUUGACUGCAAAAAAGGGUUUAUGACAUCAGUAUUGGCACAAAAACACGGCACAAAACUAAGGCCUGUCGCUUACUACUCUAAAAGGUUAGACCCAGUAGCACAAGCAUUACCAGUAUGCGUACAAGCAGUAUGUGCGGCAGCAAUGGCGGUACAUUGUACAGCAGAAAUAGUUUUGUUCCACCCACUCACACUGAUGGUUCCACACGCAGUCACCAUGUUGUUACAUGACACCAAAAUGGCUUUCUUAUCACCUGCACGUUAUUUGGCACUGACAGCUACACUAAUGUCACAACCACACAUUGUGAUAAAAAUAUGUAAUAUCUUAAAUCCAGCCACAUUAAUACCUACAGCAGAAGAUGGAGAACCACACUGUUGUAAAGAAGAGACUGACAGAACAUGCAAACCAAGACCAGAUUUGAAAGACAUACAACUACUCAGUGGCGAAACAUGGUUUGUGGAUGGGUCCUAUUCUAAAUCUAUAACAGGCCAAAAUCAAACAGGGUUUGCAGUUGUAUCACACUCACAGGUCAUAAAAGCAGGCCGACUCCCCCACACAUAUUCUGCACAAGCAGCGGAAUUAGUAGCUCUUACAGAAGCAUGCAAAGCGGGGGUUGGAAAAUAUGUGACUAUGUGGACAGACAGCCAGUAUGCGCACUCAACAGUACAUAUAUUUGCAGCCCAAUGGGCCCGCAGGGGCAUGAAAACGUCAACAGGAAAACCAGUCACCCAUGCACAGCUGCUGACUGAUCUUUUAAAAGCGGUGUUGUUGCCGAAAAGCAUUGCGAUAUGCAAAUGCACUGCGCACACCAGUGGGAAGGAUGCAGUAACACUUGGCAAUGCACACGCGGAUAAGGUAGCGAAGCUAGCAGCUAUGGGCGAAUAUGGGUUCCAUAUCCUCUUGCAGAAGGGGGAAAGUGUUUCACAACCAAUACCUCUUGUGAUAUUAAGGGAUAUGCAGAACAACGCACCCGACAGAGAAAAGAAGAAAUGGUUGACAGAUGGUGCAACCACAGACCCUGAGGGAACAUUCAGAAUAAACAACAAGAUAGUACUCCCUGUUAGUCUCUACAAAACAGCAGCUCAUUUGAGUCAUGGGCCGUGCCAUGUCUCAACAGGAGGGAUGGUGACAAUAAUAAAUGAACAUUUCCAUACAUACAACUACAUUACAUUUUCUAAAAACUUUUGUAGAGCCUGUGUAGUAUGUUGCAGACACAAUGCUCAAGGCAAUGAGCGACCACAGAGAGGAAAGUAGAAACAUGCAUGAGAAUCACGCCCACGGCAAAAGGGUUGUCUCCCUUUGAGAUCAUAACAGGAAGGCAAUUCAGAUUACCAAUCACAGACGAGGUGAGGGAGGAGGAUGAUGCUGAGGCAGAGACUAC